AUGCCUCUCCCUCCCGUCUACUUCCAGACCAUGACGCCCGUCCCUACUCCCGAGGCGAAGAAGCCCGUGCCGAAGCGCAAGCCUCUGCUGCGCCUGGAGGUGCGCGACCUCUCGCACGAGGGCACCCGGUCUUUCCUCGCCCACCUGGAUGCCUCACAGGUCCUCGAAGAAGCCGUCUCCAGCGUGUUGCAGCUGCUAUACUCGCCGCACGCCGACAUCCCGCCUGUCCGCUCCAUCACCCUCAUCCUGCGCUCCAUGGGUGGCGUUGCAUACACUACAGGAAAGGACAUAGACAGCGAUCACAAGGAAAUCCACUUCUCGCUUGAUUACAUAUCGCACAUAGCCAAGGACCGGAGAAAGGAGGAGAUGCUGGGUGUUCUACGGCACGAGAUGGUGCAUUGUUGGCAGUGGAACGGCCUGGGGACGGCACCGGGUGGCUUGAUUGAGGGCAUUGCGGACUACGUGCGCUUGAGAAGUGGCUUCGUGCCUCCGCACUGGAAGCAAGAAGCUGACGGGGACUGGGACGCCGGCUACCAACACACUGGCUAUUUCCUGGAUCAUUUGGAAAAGACCUACGGCCAUGGUAGCGUGAUGGCUAUCAAUGAGUCUCUACGGAGGAAAGAGUAUUGCGAAGAUACGUUUUGGAAAGACCUCUUCGGAAAAUCUGUCAAGCAUCUGUGGAAAGAGUACGGGCGCGCGCUGAAACGCGAUGACGACUGCAAAGACGAACAGAAGACAAGCCCAGAGACAACUCAGAAUAGCGAAGAUGCCCCAGCUGAAGCAACAUGA